AUGCACCAUGCUGCUCCCUUGGAAGGCCGGCUGAGCGACGCAGCGGCAAAGGCAGUGAACGAGCUGCUGUCGUCGGGCGCCGCCGGCAACCUGAGCAGCCUCUGCUCCUGGGCCAACAAGGGAGACUGCAAGGACGAGGAGGGCGUCAAGGUACACUGCGUCGUUGGUGCCAUCAACAACUACACCUCCCAGCUCCUCACCUAG